AUGUCAAAUCUCGAUAAAAAAUCCAAUAAAUUCGAUUCUACAUUUGACAUGGAUCAAUUAAUAACCUCGAUCACGAAUCUAUUCAUUGGCGGAACAGAAACAACGUCCACGACGCUACGUUGGGCAUUUAUCUACAUGAUCGAAAAUCCGCAGAUCUUAAAAACUGUCCGACAAGAAAUCGAUGAUUAUAUGGGAGAUCGAAAUUUAUUUAUUCAAAUGGAAGAUAGACAAUAUUUGCCAUAUACAACAGCCACGAUUCUCGAAAUUCAACGUUGUGGGAAUAUUGCUACCUUAGGUGGAAGUACAAUGCAUAGAAAUCUACAGGCAACAACAUUGAAUGGAUAUUCGAUACCAGCGAACUCUUAUAUAGCGGCAAAUUUCUAUGCUUGUCAUGUCGAUGAACGACAAUUUCCACAUGCGGAUCGUUUUGAUCCAACACGAUUUUUGUCAGAUGAUCUGAAAUUAGUUCAACGUCCUCAAGGAUUUAUUCCCUUUUCCAUUGGCAAGAAAUCUUGUCCUGGUGAAUCGUUGGCGAAUAUGGAACUUUUCCUUUUUUUUAGCAACUUUAUUCGACACUAUGAUUUCUGCGUUGUAAAUCAGGCCGAACAUAUUAAUUCCAAGUUGUUUUAUCAUACUAGUCUGACGCGUGCACCUUUUGACUAUCAGAUUUCAUUUAAUAGACGAUCGUUUUGA